GAAAGUGAUCACCCCAGCAAAUGAGUCAUGGAGGACUGAAAAAUAACCCGUGGGGGAUUUUCACCAUUCUGAAAUCCCCGCUGAGUAACUGUACAAAGUCUGAGUGUGUAACAGCACUAUUUUGUGUAAAGGUGAAAUUUUGGCUAUCAUACUCAUAGACCGUAUAGCUUUGGCUAAAAUCCUGUGGAUUAUGGAGAAACAAUUCGCGUCCAGGGUACAGAAGGAGCUUGCCGCCCUGAGAAAGUCCCCUCCCCUCGGGAUCCAAGUGUCGCUGCCGUCAGACGACCUGCAUGUGUGGGAGGCUGUCAUACCUGGACCUGACGAUUCUCUCUAUAAAGGCGGAAAGUUCAAGAUACAGAUUCUACUCCCUGAGAACUACCCGCUCGCACCACCAAUUGUGCGCUUUGUAACCCCGAUCUACCACCUGAACGUCAGUCAGAGUAGUGGACAGGUGUGUCUGCGCUUCCUCGCUGAAGACGAGUGGGUGGCAGGUGGAACCAUUGAACAGGUGCUGAACGCCUUGUUUUCCCUACUUAUCCGCCCGGAAGAGGACAACGCCUUUGACCACGACGUUCUGAACAAUUAUCACCAUUACAAGGGGCAGUAUGACAGAAAGGCUCGGGAAUGUGCUGCAAAGGCCACAUAGAUGUCACGUUGAAAACUACACGUAUUCUUACAGAUUUGAUAACCUGAUAAUCCUUGAAGCUAUUUGGCUAGGCUUAACAGCCUAAUGAAAGACACUGUUGUUCUAAAUAUAAUGCGACGUUUCUGUUGUUAUUGUUAAUGUUAUUGUUGCAAUCUUCCGGUCUCUUAAGCUCAAAAUGGACACAGCAUAUUUGGUUACAAUAAAAAGCAAAACAUGUUUUAGGUCUUACAACACGUUACCGACUCAUGUAUUUCAGUGAUAUGAUGAAAGUAACCAGUGAUGAUUCAGUCGAAGGACCAAACUAUAUAUGGAUUCAGAGCCCAAUUCAUUUGUGCAAUUGCAAUAAAGAUUGAUUGAUUUGUUGAUA